AUGUCCUCUGUGCGCAACCGCAGAGCUGCGACCGUCGAGGCUUGUUCACAACUAACAGUCGAUCUACUGAAUAGUUUCAAAAACACGCCUCCGCUGCAACGCUCAGCACCGGCGAAACGAUUGGCUCGCAGUACGGAUAUCGGACCCUUGUCCCGAAUGGCGUCGCCCACCGGCUCUCUCUCGCCGGUACCCGAAAGAGGUCGCAAUCUUCGACGGUUGCCCGCUGUGAAUUAUUCAUUGAAGGCAUAUGAGAAGCGAAUGACGCGAAGGGUGCGAAUUGCAUCUCAACAGAGCUUUGCAUUGAGUGAUGAAAGCAGUGGGGAGCAGUCUGCGGAUGAGAACGGGGCCAUGGCAUGGAGAUUUCCAAAGAAGAGGAGGGUUGCCAGGGCGGACUACGCCGAACAAGAGACGACCAAAAGCAUCGCAGACACGCCGCAUGAAGCGAUGGAUGGAGCUAACAUCGAUGGAAGUGACUCUACUACGGCACCUCCUCCAGCCCUUGAAGCCAGCCUUCGUAAUAGCCCCGCCGAUUGGGACAUCUCGCCGUGCACUAAGGGCCCCAUGCAAGUAGCGCUGUGCCAUAACGAUGUGGAGAAAUACUCUGAAAGCCUUGAUGAUUUGGAAGACGACUGUUGGUUUACUCGUGACUAUUGCUUUUUUAGGGCGGCAAGCCGUGUCUUUGAGCAAGAGGACAACUGGUCAAAUCUUGUCCGCGAGGCGGAAGCGAUGAGAAAUGACGCUGAGAAGCGGAAAAUUGGCGUUAAUAACCACUCCACGAUUCUGCUACUGGCGAGCAUAUUAGAAGCAAAGAGUAUCUACUCUCUUAGUACGGGUGUACGACAUGAUAACGUGGACGACGCGGAGGUUACAGACAAGGAGGCUGCGAUCCUCCAUACUAUAUCUAACAGGCUUAUAACCCUUCUAUCUCCAGGUAGACUGGAUAUUCUCCAACGAGAAGCUGCCCCGAAAUUUCAAACAUUAGUGGAGGAAAUACAUGGCCAUGUCUUUCCAGCGGGUGUGGGCCUGCUUCAGUCAUGCCUAAUGGCGCACUUUCUUAACAGCAGCUUUUCCAGAAAAGGAAUCAACCAGGUAUUGUUAAUACUGAGGGGAUUUUCUGAUAUGUGCACAAUCAUCGAUCCAAGCAAUUAUUCAGCUGUACGAUUUCCUGACCGACUGGCCGUGGCGAGGGUUCUUUUCCGGUUCUUAGCAUACGUGUUUGAAGAACAGAAAAGCAGAAAGGGGGUCGGAACUAUGUUGCAGUAUUGA